ACAUCUGUUCUGAACGGAGAGAAGCGCUUCAGCUGCAUAUAGCGGCAUUUCAAGCUUCUCAGUUCAGCUUUUUAACAAUAACGUGUAACUAGCCAUAGCUAUUUGUACUGCUACAUGCAGUGUAUAUGUAAUUAAUUGUAUUUAUAUAUAGCUAAUUGUAUUUACAAUUUUAGAGGGUGUCUAUUUAGCAAGCUGAAAUGACAACCAUGUUGAUGCUUUUGAUGGCCGUAUUGGUCGCAUCAAUUUUUGGCGAGUCCUCCGUUUAUUUCCGAGAAGAAUUUGAAGAUGGGGAUGCAUGGAAAAGCCGAUGGGUGGAAUCCAAACACAAGUCAGAUUAUGGGAAGUUUGUUCAUACUGCUGGGAAAUUCUAUGGUGAUGUAGAGAGAAACAAAGGUCUUCAAACCAGCCAGGAUGCUCGCUUUUACUCUGCAUCCUCCCGUUUUGAGUCCGUCAGCAACAAAGACCAGGCACUGGUAAUCCAGUUCACUGUGAAACAUGAACAGAACAUUGACUGUGGUGGAGGCUACAUCAAGCUGUUCCCAGCUGAUCUCAACCAGGAGGAAAUGCAUGGAGAUUCCACAUACAACAUCAUGUUUGGUCCUGACAUCUGUGGUCCAGGUACUAAGAAAGUUCAUGUGAUCUUCAACUACAAAGGCAAGAAUCACUUAAUCAACAAAGACAUAAGAUGCAAGGAUGAUGAAUAUACCCACCUGUACACACUGAUAGUCAAUCCGGAUAACACCUACGAGGUGAAAAUCGACAACAAGAAAGUUGAGUCUGGAAGCCUAGAGGAGGACUGGGACUUCCUUCCCUCCAAGAAGAUAAAGGACCCUGAUGCUGAGAAGCCAGACGACUGGGAUGAGAAGGAGAACAUUGAUGAUCCUGAAGACAAGAAACCGGAGGACUGGGAUGUUGCUGAGAACAUCCCUGACCCUGAUGCCAAGAAGCCUGAUGACUGGGAUGAUGAGAUGGAUGGUGAGUGGGAGCCUCCCAUGGUCACGAACCCGGACUAUAAGGGGGAGUGGAAACCCAAACAGAUUGACAAUCCUGCCUACAAGGGGAAAUGGGUGCACCCUGAAAUUGACAACCCAGAAUACACUGCUGACCCUGAAAUCUACCAAUAUGCCAGCAUGGGGGUGAUUGGAUUGGAUUUGUGGCAGGUGAAGUCGGGCACUAUUUUUGACAAUUUCCUCAUCACCAAUGACCCAAAACUUGCAGAAGAAGUUGGGAACGAGACAUGGGGUGCAACAAAGGACCCUGAAAAGAAGAUGAAGGACAGUAUGGAAGAAGAGGAGAGAAAGAAACGUGAGGCAGAAGAGGUGAAUAAAAAGGAGGAAGAUGAAGAUAAAGACGAGAGGGAGGAGGAUGAGGAAGAAGACUACGAUGAGGAGGAAGAAGAGGAGGCAGAAACAGACUCUAAACUCAAGGAUGAGUUAUAAACUCAAACAGGAACUUCUGGAAAGGAACCCUGUCUACUAUGAGCUAUUGGCGCAAGGCUGGAGAUUGGACUUUAUUGGACGUUCUGUUCGUCAUUGAAGCUGCCCAUUUUAUGUUUUGGUGGGAAGCUAUUGUUUAAAUUAUAUGACAAGGGAAUGGGUACAAACUGAGUAAGGACAGCUUUGUCAAGGUUGGAGAUGUUAGAAAGAUUUUAUCUUUAGAUCUUUAGAUUUGAUGAGAUGAGCAUUUUCUGGCAGUGUUGUUAUGCCAGCAAUUGUUUUUGAGAAGUUAAAUGUCUCCUCUCUGUAAACAAAGCUCUACUGCUAACUCUAAAUUGUUUUCUUACUUAAGGAUAUUGACCAUCUACAAUUUCCUGACUAAUCUUUACCGCAAAGUGUUUUGUUGGUCUUAAUAAUCGGACACAUUUUUGUGCCUGUACCCUAAAGGUGUGUGUGGCAUUAAGAUGGCACCUCUCUUGUGUAUUGGAUAUGGAUUGAGUCUAAUGCUUUUCUUUUUCUGCAUAUGAUUUUCAACAUAGUGCUGAGUGAUUUACCAGAAAUUUAGAUUUUUUUUUUUUUUGGUUUUCAAACAACUAAGGGACUGACAUAAAAAACUAAUUGAAUUCAAAUAAUUUAAUUUUUCAUAAUGGGCACAUUGGAGAAACUUCAAAGAUAAAUAUGAUCCUGCCUGCACUGUGCGAUUUAGUAGGGAGUUGUAGUUCCCAACAUUCUGCUACUUCGUUAAAAAAAAUAAAAAAAAAUUAAACUACAGUGCGCAUCUACUUAUCGGGUCUGUUUCUUUUACGCCUGCUACGGAAGAGGCAGAAGAAUGCGAGACCGUGAGGGGAUAUAGAGAGCAGCUGUUGCUUUGCGAGGUGUCUCUACCUGACAAUACAUGAUCUAAGUGAACGUCAUAAAAGUAUGUCUUUACUUUGAACUACAUUUUUUUUUAAAUUUUGUUUAGAUGGCAUAUGCAGCAGCUAUGUAGACAUGAGAGAAAUUCGUCAAAUAAAACAUAUGUACACAACUGAAAUAUUGUAACGUGAAAUUAAGUAACGAGCAGUCACUACCAUUAUUAUACUUGUAUUAAUUGUUUCAUUCUGUUACAGCAUUCAACACAAAUAAUCGAAAUAGAAAACCAUGGUUAUUGUUUAAUAAUCAAACCGAAACCUGAACCGACCUCAAAGCACUAAUCGUUCAGCACUAUUUCAGCACAAAGGUGUGCUUGAUUUAGGGUAACUGUACUAAUUUUUCACGAAUGGAACUGCUCAAGCACACUCAGGCUACCGUAAAUCGAAUUUUAUGACAAAUAACAAAAAUUAUCAGAAUGCAUGCAUAAAGCCGUUCAGAUAUUCUAGAACACUAAGCAGGAGGGAGUGAUGCCAGUCCAUUGAUAUGUUUAUUUUGGGGGCAAUGUCAAUUUAUGUUGUGUUUUUACCCCUUUAGUUUUUAAUGUCAACGUUUCUGCACUGCUGUACCCUCGAGACUUGUCCCAAGCUGAUUGGAUCUUGACCCUUUUGUAAAACAUAUUUUGUACUGGGGAGGAUAUGGAUGGAUGAUCAUUUGAUUGUGCAAGAAAUAAAUUCUGAUACACAGAUUACUGUCCAAUAAUAAAACAUAAA